AUGACUUAUAAGCUCUACAACUAUGACCCAUCAUCUAGCGCAGCUGUCGCGUUUGCAGUUAUUUUUGGGCUUUCAGCGGCAUAUCACAUUUGGCAGGUGAUUCGAAAGCGAAGCUGGUUUUUUAUCCCAUUUGUCAUUGGUGUGAUUUUCGAGACCGUUGGCUAUGCAGCGAGAUACUACAGUGCAAAACAGACCCCCGACUGGACAACUAUGCCCUACGUGCUCCAAGAGCUUUUUCUUCUCCUGGCCCCCUCUUUCUUCGCCGCGUCAAUCUAUAUGAUCCUUGGACGAGUGAUCCGCCUCUUGAACGGCGAAUCAAACUCCCUCAUACGGCCAUCAUGGCUGACAAAGAUAUUUGUGACGGGCGAUGUCUUGUCAUUCCUUAUGCAAAGUAGCGGAGGUGGCAUGCUCGCUACAGCCAAAACCACAUCCAGUGUGAGCCUAGGCGAGAAUAUCAUCGUCGCGGGCCUUUUCGUCCAGGUCAUUUCCUUUGGAGUUUUCAUCCUUGUCUCGAUCAUCUUUCAUCGCCGCAUGCUCAUGACUCCAAUGCACCUACUGGUGAAGACACGAAUUCCUUGGACACAGUAUAUGAGGGUCUUGUAUUCUGGUAGUGCACUGAUCUUAGUUCGAUCAAUUUAUCGCGUGGCUGAAUACAUUCAAGGGAACUCCGGGUACCUGCAGAGCAAAGAGGUUUAUGUGUAUGUCUUUGAUACAACGUUGAUGGUGAUUUGUUGUCUUUUGUUCAACUACUUUCAUCCGAGCGAUAUCCUCUCAAAGUCCCACGACAUUGAGGAGAGGGAGGAUUUGGAGAUGAUGAAUCAAGCGGGAUACAGGAAUUAUGGGGAAUGA